AUGGCGGCGAAGCAGAUGGAAGAGAUACAGAAGAAGCUGGGGAGGCUUAGUUACCCGAGGGCUAAUGCUCCUGCUCAGUCUCUUCUCCUCUUCGCUGGGAUGGAGCGUUAUGCUCUUCUCGAGUGGCUCUUUUUCAAGUUAUUAGGUGAUAAAUCUCCAGGAGAUGCUGGAGUUCGUGAUGAGAAAACUGUUCGUAUCCAGUAUUUGGCAGAGAUAACAAAGUGUCUGGGGUUCACACCAACACUAGAUAUAGAAGCCAUUCAAGGACAUGGAACCUAUGAAGAUAGAAUGGAAAUGCUACGCAAUAUUGUUGAUUUAGUGGAGGCAAGCCUCUUCUCGGAUAAUCCAGAAUGGAGUAUUGAUGAGCAGGUUGCCAAAGAUAUCCAGCUCAUAGAUGCUAUUGCAGAGAGACAGUUUCUUAUAUUUUGGGAAUGCAAACUGUUCCCUGCUGAUGUGCAAAUCCAGUCUAUCUAUCCACUACCAGAGGUUUCAGAACUGGAGACAAAACUCUCGGAACAGGCCAAGAUUCUCUCUAAUCUUCAGCAAAAAGUUGAUGACUUGGCAGCAAAGCAUGCGUACAACCCGGACGAAGAAUAUGCAGAAGUGGAAUCUGAACUAAGGGAUCGUUUAGAGUCGUUUCUUGAAACUGCUAGAGCUUUCAACACAAUCUACACAAAGGAAAUACGUCCGUGGACUCACAUGAUGGAAGUGCCUCAGCUCCAUGGGUUUGGUCCUGCUGGAAACCGUUUACUGGAGGCCUAUAAUAUGCUUUUCAAGUUCCUAGGGAACAUGAAGAACCUAAGAGGCUCACAUGCAGCACUUUCGAUUGGAUCAUCAGGAGGAACAGUAGCUGGAGAGCCAUCUUCUGUAACUAGAAUUGUGUCGGAGUGUGAAGCCGCAUUAACUGUUCUCAAUCGAGACCUUGGGAUCCUCUCUGCUUCUAUUGCUCGUGAGCAAGGGGAGCGUCUGUAAACUGCCACGAAUGAUUUUGACUUGAAAUUAGGCUCUGUUCUUGUUUAAUAAUUAGAGUUCAUUCUUUUUGGCUGUGUUGUGUAUCUCAAUAGUUUGAACUCUUUAUUAUCUGUGGUGCAGCCAAGUUUGGUUAACCAAAUCCAAUCAAUUAAAUGUAAAGUUUCUCA